CUGGUUGACCGAACCAGCUGGUUCGGUUAGUUUAUUGCUGAAGUUAGCGCCGUGUUAGAGACGUAUUUCUUUGUAGAAAUGCGUUUUUAUUUCCCGCUUUACACCAACUUCCAGGCUGCCAUAUAAAGGCGAACCAGUCCGUGCUGGCUGAACUGGAAAAGUGAGCUUUUUUCGGCUAGCGAGUGAGGAUUUGGUCCCGAGCAUCCUGCUAGCUUAGCAGCUAAGUUAGCAACACAAACCAGAGAGGAGGGAGGUGAGAGGUGAGAACCAGGGUCACCGACCAUGGCAGGUGGAAUUACAGACACAGGAGAGCCCUACUCUCCAUUUGUGGGGCUGGUGUACAUGUUCAACCUGAUUGUGGGGACCGGAGCUCUGACGAUGCCCAAAGCCUUCGCUCAAGCCGGGUGGGUGGUCAGCUUGGCCCUCAUCACCUUUUUAGGAUUUAUGAGCUACAUGACCACCACUUUCGUGAUCGAGGCGAUGGCAGCGGCCAACGCUCAGCUGCGCUGGAAGAGGAGAGAGCAGGAAGAGGUUGAGAACAGCGACUCCACGUCCGAGUAUUCAGACGACGACGAGGUCACGUGCCGGGGUCGAUCGGAGCCGGAGACGAGGCCCAUCUUGUCUGUUCAGAGGUCGGGGCAGGCCGAUCAUUUUGACAUCAUGGAGCGGGUGGAGAUGGGUCAGAUGGCCUCCAUGUUCUUCAACAAAGUUGGUGUCAAUAUGUUCUACAUCUGCAUCAUAGUCUAUCUUUAUGGAGACCUGGCCAUCUACGCAGCAGCUGUGCCGAUAUCGCUGAUGGAAGUUGCCUGUGGAAACCACUCCUGCAGCGCUGGAAGUGUCAAGUACAACGACACAGAUCCGUGCUGGGGCUCUGUCACGAGAAAAGAUGCGUACCGGGUGUUUCUGAGCGUGUUCACUGUUUUGUUGGGCCCGUUCACCUUCUUCAACGCCCAGAAGACAAAGUAUCUCCAGAUUCUCACCUCACUCAUGCGAUGGAUUGCUUUCACCAUGAUGAUCAUCUUGGCAUUAAUUCGCAUCGGUAAAGACCACGGCGCGGGACACCCACCUGUCGCCUCCUUGUCUGGGGUCCCCAACCUGUUCGGGGUGUGCGUCUACUCCUUCAUGUGCCAACACUCGCUGCCGUCCCUGGUGACGCCCAUCUCUAACAAGAAGCGCGUCGGCUCGCUGGUGCUUUUCGACUACGUCCUCAUCCUCGGAUUCUACGUGCUCCUCUCGUUCACCGCCAUCUUCUGCUUCGAUAGCUCGCUGCUCUACGACAUGUACACCCUGAACUUCACAGACAACUGCGACGUCUUGGACAUCCCGGUGCUGCGCUACUUCCUCGGCUUGUUCCCCGUCUUCACCAUCAGCACCAACUUCCCCAUCAUCGCCGUCACGCUUCGAAACAACUGGAAGACCCUGUUCCACCGAGACGGAGGUACCUACCCGUGGGUGGUGGACCGAGUGGUAUUUCCCCUCAUUACACUCGUGCCCCCCAUCGUGGUGGCCUUCUGUACACACAACCUGGAAUCCUUGGUGGGAAUCACAGGAUCCUAUGCCGGUACAGGGAUCCAGUACAUUGUCCCAGCCUUCCUUGUCUUUUACGCCAGGCGCCACCUGGAGCCUGUGAUGGGCAGAGAUGCCAUCAACAAGCACCGGUCACCCUUCCGCCACAGCUUCUGGGUGUGGUUCGUUUUGCUGUGGGCUGCCUUCUGCCUCAUGUUUGUCACAGCCAACAUCAUCCUGACUGACACCAAGAAGUGAGAACUCGUGUUUCAGUUUGUGGUUCCCGUACAGGAAGCCUUAUUGCUGCUGGUUGGGCAGUGUGCCUUUUUUUUGAACGUUUGUUGGGUCAAUUAAAUGUAAUUAAGAGUAAUUUAUCAAA